AUGUAUGACCCUCCUGUGGACCUGUCCUUUAAGGAUCUCACCACCCUGACAGACGCCACAGCUGAGGUGCCCCGCUGCGGCGUGCGGAUCCUGACCACCACCUCCGACGGGAAAUACCGCAGUCGGGCCGUGCGCCUCAAUAACAACAACAUCAGCAACCUGACGGGCCUGGGCUUCCUCCUGGGCCACUUCCUUUCCCAGCCGUCCCUCCUGGGCUGGCUCGACCUCUCCUUCAACAAACUGGAGCACAUCGACUCGGUUUUCUGUGACAUGCCAGAGCUGCGUAUACUGUACCUGCACGGAAACUGCAUCUCCAACCUGAACGAGGUGGACAAACUGCGGCAACUCCAGUAUCUUCACACCAUCACUCUGCACGGCAACAAAGUGGAGAGCACCAACGGAUACAGGGCUCACGUGAUCGCCGUCCUGCCCGCGUUGAAGCACAUGGACUUCAGCGGCGUGUCCAAAGAUGAGCGAGAACUGGCCAACAUCAAGUUUAAAGGAGGACUUGAGGAGCCACAUGGGGUCGUGUCAGCCAUAGAGGGGGAUAAAGGAGGGGGGGGGGAGCAGCAGGGGGGUGUCAGUGACGAUCAGGCCGUACAGCGCCGUCUCCGAGCUCAGGAUUACUGGGAUUUGUGCAUGUCUCGCUCCACACGGCCCCAAAGGUCGCGUCUGCUCGGCCUCUGUCUGCACGCGGCUGCUUCUCUUUGGUACGACAAAGAGAAAAGAAAGGAUCACGGAUAUUUCCCCCGACGGUAA